AUGAAGGAAGCCGCACUGUCUACGUUCCAUAUGCCGGACGAGACUAUAGUCCUAGUCAAAAAGAUGAUAGACUACGUGUACACUGGCGACUACUCGGACCUCCUGGAUAGUCCUACGGACAAUCCAGUUGACCCAAAGGAACCACUUCCGCCAAUCUCAGUUCUUCAAUUACAUGCGCAAAUUUUCAUCUUAGGUGACAAAUAUUGCAUCGCCGAGCUCUGCGACACGGCAGUGGAAAAAUACUUAACCAGGAUUGAAGAGCAGUUUGAUCCUCUCGAAUUCCUGGACUCGCUACCUGAUGUCUUUUUCACUGAAUUGGAAAAGAACAUGGAGCUCAGGACUGCUGCUAUUCGUAUCUCAAGACAAAGACUCGUGUCCUGUUUCCAAGACGCGGCUGUCCGUGGAAAGUACGAGUCGAUUGCCGCUCAGGUGCCAGGCUUUGGCCUGUGGCCCCGGAAAUCCCAUGUUGGCUUCACUUGUGAAGUGUCGAGGCUGUGGUCGGGGAAGGAGGGGUUCCGCACUCCACUUUUCUCCUUCACCCUAACACAGAUUUAUACUAGAAAAUUGAGCUCGGAUUAG